GGUUUGGAAUUCCAAUAUGGCAGAGGCUUUGGUCAGUCUUUCUCUCACUAACUUGGAAUGGUUUCAAAUCGCAAGCAGUCGCGUUUAACCCGAGCACCCAUUCAUCAAGCAUAUCCACUGGAUCGAUGUUACUAUAAUCUCUGAAGCUACCCUGUCAUAUAUACAGGCGUAAAGAAGACAUGAUCACUAGCACCAGUAUUUAUGGCCUAAAGAUGCAGUGGACCCCAGAGCAUGCGCAGUGGGCCGAGCAGCACUUUGAUAUCUCCUCCACCACCCGCUCCCCUGCACACAAAGUGGAGGCCUACCGGGGGCACCUGCAGCGCACCUACCAGUAUGCUUGGGCCAACGACGACAUCUCUGCACUCACCGCCUCCAACCUGCUGAAGAAAUACGCAGAGAAGUACUCUGGGAUUUUAGAGGGUCCGAGUGAAAGAGCGCUGCUCUGCUCCUAUUCCGAUGGCCCUCCUGGACUCCUCAACGGACGUAAGUCAGAAAGUGAGUCCUGGCAGGAGGGGAUUUACUCAAUGAACUGCGCUCCAGAUGUUAUAUCUGUGAACAAAGCUGGAAUGACAGCUGCCCUUCCCCCUACAGACGUGUCGGCCAGCAUAGGUAGCACCCCAGGGGUGGCCAGCAGCCUGAACGAGCCCAGCUAUUCCAGAAGUAACUGUGGGAGUCACACGACCACCAGUCUACACUCGGGUCUGUCCUCACAGGAAUACGCUACGGGCUACAAUGGCUCCUACCUGCAUUCUAGUUACAGCGGGCAGACCAACCCAGGCCUCCCCUCUCAACACCCUUCUCCUAUGCACAGUGCUGGUCUCAUACAACCCCCUCCUCCACCACCUCCCACUACUCUAGUGCCCAGCUACAACGUGGGGUCUCCCAACAUCUCCAACUACAAUUAUCCUCCGACGGGGUAUCCCUCACAGACAGUUGUUGCCCCUGGCUAUAGCCCUGGGGGGGGCCCACCACCCUCUUCCUAUCUGCCAUCCAGCAUCGCAGCUCCCACGCCCCUACCCCCCUCUACACUCUCUGGCUAUACCUACCAGUCCCAUAACCAUGCACCAAUUGCACCAACACCUUUGAAUGGCAGCUCAGCCAACUCAUUGAAAAGAAAAGCUUUCUACAUGACUGGGCAUGGAGAUAUGGACUCCAGUUAUAGUAAUUUCAACUACAAUCAACAGCGCUCCUCACAAAGCCCUAUGUACAGAAUACCAGACAACAGCAUCUCAGACUCAAGCAGAGGGAAUGGAUUUGACAGGAAUGCUGAUGUGUCAUCUUUAGCGUUUAAGCCUACAAAGCAGGCAAUAUCCUCAGAUCAGCAAAGAAAAUUUAGCAGUCAUUCUGGCAGAGCACUUACCCCUCCCUCCUAUGGAUCAACCAAAAGCUCUGUGGGAAGCCUGAGAUCAGGUGAGUCCUUUGGGAAAUUUGGAUCCCCCAUCACGGGUGAGCAAGGUGAAGAGCACCUCUCCCAUUCCAUUGCAGGGUCGGACAUUGGCAGAGCUACCUCAUCCAGCCACGUUGCAGAGGAGCAGCUGAAGAACAGCGAUGCCAGCGUGGUGGAGUUGGUCACCACAGAGAUCCUUCAGCCCGGUCCCCCAGUGGACUGGAGUGAUAUAGCUGGUCUGGAGCUGGCCAAAGCAGCCAUCAAAGAAGAGAUUCUGUGGCCCAUUUUGAGGCCAGACAUGUUCAGUGGACUUGCCACAUUACCUCGGAGCCUCCUUCUCUUCGGACCUCAGGGAACAGGCAGAACACUGCUGGGCCGCUGCAUGGCCAGCCAGCUGGGGGCUGCCUUCCUGCAGCUCAGUGGCUCAGCCCUGGUAACCAAGUGGCUGGGGGAGGGCGAGAAGAUUGUCCAGGCCUCCUUCCUGUUGGCCCGGUGUCGCCAGCCCUCAGUUGUGUUCAUCAGUGAGGUGGACAUGCUUCUAUCGGCUCAUCUCAGUGAGGAGAGUCCGGUGAACAUGAUCCAGAGCGAGCUCCUCAUGCAGCUGGACAGUGUGCUGACCUCAGCCGAGGACCACGUCCUAGUGGUGUGCUCCUCCAGUAAGCCUGAGGAGAUCCGAGAUUCCCUGAGGAGGUACUUCACCAAACGGCUCCUCAUCCCCCUACCUGACAACACAGCACGGCGCCAGAUAAUCAGCCAACUACUCUCACAGCACAACUAUUGCCUCAGUGACAAAGAGGUGUCACUGCUGGUCGAGCGGAUGGAAGGCUUUUCAGGACUGGACGUGGCCCAGCUGUGCCAGGAGGCAGUGGUAGGACAGCUCCAUGGCACCCCAGCUUCUGACCUCUCAGCCAUCCAUCCCAGCCAGAUGAGACCAGUCUCCUACCAAGACUUUGAAAAUGUAUUUAGCAAAUUCCAGCCCAGUAUAUCACAAAAAGAACUGGAUACAUACACCGAAUGGAAUAAAAUGUUUGGUUGUAGUCAAUGAAACUGAAGCAUUAGAACAUGUGGGUAGGAAACCCCUUCAGAGGUUAACCAUUUAGAAUUCUCUCCUCAGUAAACUAGGCAAGGGAAAAUUACAGAUAGUGGUGACCUUAACACCUGCAGUACAGUAAAGGCAUAAGGAUAGGACUGAGGGAAGCAAAGGCACGCUUUAGACAACAGCUGGCAAUCUGCACACAACACAGAGAAACAUUAUUUUGACGCUUGAAACUGCUGAGGCCAAGCAUCACCCCCCAAGGUGCAAGUGGGUACAUUUUCCAUUACAUUUAAAUCAUUGAGCAGACACUCUUAUCCAGUAACGUACAUUUUUGUACUGGUCCCCCAUGGGAAUUGAACCCAAAACACUGGUGUUGCAAAUGCCAUGCUCUACCAACUGAGCCACACAGGACCUAGAGACUAUAGGGUAGAGUUUAACAGAAUGGAACCUCUGUGUGUAUAUAUCAUUCUGCUGUUCUUGAGAUUUAGUUUCUAUCAAGUGCCUGAAGUGGUGCUCUUUUAUUUUGUGUUAUUAUUUCUUCGCCUCACAAUCUACUUUGGUGGCAUGUGCUAAUAUAAAAAGCUUUAAUAUGAGACAAAAACGUUUUUUUAAAUGCUUUUUGCCAUUGAAACACUAUUCCUCAACGGUGUCUGGUUUGCGGUCUAUGUGAUCAGGAGAAAGUAUGGUAUUGGUAAUCUGAACCCUAAUUUAUAGACAUCAUUUCUUUUGAUGUUCUCUUUUUUGAAAACUCAGGACAGUGAUUGUGAUAUGUGCAGUACCUCUAAAGAUUUAGUCAAAGCACGACAUACUGCUAAGAGCAUUUGGUUUGCUUUUGAAUUUGCAUUAUCGAAAAGGAGGGUUAAGGUACCUCAAUAGGCUAAAAAUUGACAAGAGUAUGACUUUGAAUGUACCAGAGGAAUUCUGGAGUAUUUGGAAGACAAAAAAGGAGGAGUAUUGUGCUUUUCUUUGCGAUUUUCUAAGCGAAGAAUCCCAUUGUGAAUAUACUGCAGUUGUAUUUGAUAUGUGGCAAAGAUGUAGGAAUAAUGAUUCUUAAAUUCUAUCAACUAUAACACAUUCGACUGGCCUUGAUCCAGAGUACAUGAACACUUUUGAGUUCUUUUGUUAAACUUCGUCUGUAGGAGAAAGCAUAACAUAUGUAUUCAUCGAACAUUAUCAGCACUUAAUUGUGUAUCUCGUCUGCAGAUAAAACUGCCAGGCCUCUUGCGGCAGAAUAAUGGCAAGAUACAUUUGCUGAAGACAAGCAUCAUGGGGUUGAAACAGACAGCUUCCCAAGGUAUUUAAUUCCAUUCCGCUGCUGUUUUAUCAUUAAUAAAACCUAAGAAUUAUGUAUGCCAUAAGUUAUUUUUCUACCUCAGUUGAUUCGUUUUCUCUGAAAGCAAAAUCUAAGGGAAUGGAUAGAUGACGCAGCCUAUUUCGCUUAUUAAACUAUGAAGCCUAUUGAGGGAACAAAAAAUGCUGCCUAUCUGUCAACAAAAUCAGCUUGAGUUAGUGUUACACAUUCAGUGUACUCCCCAUUCAUAGACACGUAUGUUAUGGACUAUUCAUUUCUCAGAGCAUGUUGGUCUUGAAAAGGGGUCUGGGCACAUGUGUGCCCAUUAGCCCUGUCUUUGAGCCCUUCUUCAAGUGUAAUUUCCUACAGCUAGGCUUUUUUAUUAUUAACUAUCAGUGUUUAGUAAUAUGCCAGAACAGAGGCAAUGGUGACACAGAGGUCUGACAACUGCAUGAAAGAGCCUUGUAUUGAAUGUAUUUUUUUGUUUGUUUUUUUGUUUACUAAAGCAGUAUGAAAACUGUUGCAAGGCACUAGUACAGUGGAAGGGAUGCCACCAGAUACAGUACCACUGAACGUGUUAGUAGUACAGUGGAAGGGAUGCCACCAGAUACAGUACCACUGAACGUGUUAGUACUACAGUGGAAGGGAUGCCACCAGAUACAGUACCACUGAACGUGUUAGUAGUACAGUGGAAGGGAUGCCACCAGAUACAGUACCACUGAACGUGUUAGUAGUACAGUGGAAGGGAUGCCACCAGAUAUAGUACCACUGAACGUGUUAGUACUACAGUGGAAGGGAUGCCACCAGAUACAGUACCACUGAACGUGUUAGUAUACAGCGGAAGGGAUGCCACCAGAUACAGUACCACUGAACGUGUUAGUACUACAGUGGAAGGGAUGCCACCAGAUACAGUACCACUGAACGUGUUAGUAUACAGUGGAAGGGAUGCCACCAGAUACAGUACCACUGAACGUGUUAGUACUACAGUGGAAGGGAUGCCACCAGAUACAGUACCACUGAACGUGUUAGUAGUACAGUGGAAGGGAUGCCACCAGAUACAGUACCACUGAACGUGUUAGUAGUACAGUGGAAGGGAUGCCAACAGAUACAGUACCACUGAACGUGUUAGUAGUACAGUGAAGGUGCACUGAGGGAUCUUGCGUUUAUGUUAACUAGAAUUUCAAUGUGGUAUUUCACUAAUUUUUAUUUCUUAUAUUUACACGUUUCUCUGCUCUUACUCAGCUUAUUUUGUUUACUCCAAAACAUGCACUGUUUCAAUUACAAAAGUUAUUUGUUCAAUGACUUACUGAGCAACAGGUGGCUGUAGAAUCACUGAUUGUCCAUGACAGUUCCCUGUUCUGGUGUAGUCUCAAGAAAGACAUUCACCUGACUUUGUUAAAAAGCUUUGAACUGCUUUUUCAUGAACGCUAUUACAAAGAAUAACAGCUGCACAAAGAAACAACACUGCAAAAAAAUCAAAUACUAGCUACAUUGAUGAAUAUCCCCAGAAUCUAAAUCUAUACUACAUCUGCUUGUUUUAUUGUAUUUGAUCUGUGUAUCUUAUAUUGCUAUAUGGCUUUUAGUGCCUUAGAUACAUACAUAGGAUAAAAGUCCCCUGAAGUUCAAGUGUAGUUAACCAAGUGAAAGCUUUGUUCUGUCAUACAAAAAUGUGUUAGUAAGCCUCCCUUGAUGCCAAAGUGAGAUCAACAGUUUAAUUUUGACAUAAGCUCAUUAAACUCAAAAUGGCAAGUAUUUAUUUAACAGCGACUUAAGCAGAUUUGCUUGUGCAAGUAGGACACAUUCAUGAAUUGCAGGGAAACAAUUCAACGUAAAGAAAAUAGCUUUUGAACAAGUUAUACAUUAUUACACUACAUUACACUAACGAUAAGAGCAGAAGAACAGGGAAAGCAAAGCGAUCAGAAAUAAAUGGCAGCACAUUCAAACACAUAUGAUACUCUUUCUUGAGGGUAAGGAUGUUCACUGAAGUAAGUAAUUCAGUCUGGAGGACAACAAUGUGAAGGAUCGGCCUAUAUAGGAAAAUAUGUGCAACAAACUAGCUAGGUUGAUAAGCACUUUUAUUUCCCCUCAUUUCUGACAAUGUUAAAACAAAUUCAGAUAGAAGUAUAGUUAUAGAUCUGUCAUUCUCAUUGAAAGCAGGUCUAAGAAGUGGUACAGUAGAUAUGUUCAAUGUGCGCUAUUUCAAUGCUUCCCAUGCUUAUGCUUUUUUCUUUUUUUUUUAACUUUCGGUUUUGUACACCAGCUUCAAACAGCUGAAAAUACAAUAUUUCGGUUAUGGAAACAAUAUUUCACAGCGGUUUAGAUGGUAUAAUGAUUCUCUACACUAUACUUGCUUGUUUUGUCACAUAAACCGAAUUUAGGCAAACAAUUAGAAUUCUAGCAACCAGGAAAUGGAGGAUGCGAUUUCUUCAUAGUGCAUCUUUAAUCACUUGAAUUUUGUUUUCAAAACUCUAUCAGUGUCCCCUAUAGGUGGGUUUUGUACAGAACUGCUAUAAAUGUUAGCGUCAUCUUUAUGUAGUCUUAUCUGUUUUAUAUUUAAAUGUUGUUCUUUAUAACCAUUUCUACCUCAUUGCUACAUAUUGUACAUGUAGUACUUAUGUUCUGUCUUUUUGAAUGUCAUGCAUUUGUACAAAAAAUUAAAUCUAAAAUAACUAAAAUAAUUUUAAAAAUGUAAUUAAAUGAACAGCUUGCCCUUGAAUUCGAACAGUCUACCUCAGAAAGACUGAGCAGUAGUAAUAGCAAAACUGAUAAGACACAUGUAUGAGUGUGAAGGUGACGAUAAUGCACACACACUUGAGAUACUGACUUCUAUGGGCUAUAUAAGUACUCAUAAUGCCACAUUUCUGCAAGAAUAUUGUGGGCUGUAUAGGUCUUCUCCAAGGUCUCUAAUGCAAAAUCUGUUUUUAAACUAUAAUGACUCGCUUUAAUCCUUUGUGAAUUGUUGUAGUGCGCAUGUUAAUGUGUAUGUGUGUGGACUUACAAUUGAACGUGUAAGUGUGAGGGGGUUAACAUUAAGAUAUGUGAAAUUCAAAUGAAUACAUUUCAUACACAUGUGCAGGAAAUAAACAUGCACAUAUGUGUACUCAAUGUACAUUUGCUAUUGAUAUAUACAUAUUAAAAUGCACCACAUACAUGUAUAUACAGUACCAGUCAAAAAUGUGAACACACCUACUCAUUCCAGGAUUUUUCUUUAUUUUUACAAUUUUCAACAUUGUAGAAGAAUAGUGAAGACAUCAACACUAUGAAAUAACAAAUAUGGAAUCAUGUAGUAACCAAAAAAGUGUUAAACAAAUCAAAUAUAUUUGAGAUUUAAGAUUCUUCAAAGUAGCCACCCUUUGCCUUGAUUACAGCUUUGCACACUCUUGACAUUCACUCAACCAGCUUCAUGAGGUAGUCACCUGGAAUGCAUUUCAAUGAACAGGUGUGCCUUGUUAAAAGUGAAUUUGUGGAGUUUCUUUCCUUCUUAAUGCGUUUGAGCCAAUCGGUUGUGUUGUGACAAGGUAGG